AUGUCGAGUCGGACGUCGCAGUCGCCAGAUCUGUCUGUUGCAGACAAGUUAGACAAUGAAAUUGCGAUUCUGAGAUCCCAAGUGGGAUCACUCAAAAGGGAGCUCAAACUCCAAGCGACAACCCUCCUGACAGCAGACUCAACGCGCGAAAUUAUCCGGCAGGGUCCCGACGAUGACUCCAAGGCCAGAAUUAUGGCGCAAUCCGAUCAACAAAUCGCCCACAAGCAGCAAUGCCUCUACCGAGCAUGCGCCUCCGUCACUGCGCUGAAGAUCCGCGAUCCCGACCCGAACGCUGUCGACGAAGGCAAUGUCCUCGGCCUACGCUUCGAGGUCAUGUCCAAGUCCAGAUUCAUCCGCCCUUACUACGUCAUGCUCAAUCGCCCGUAUCCCGACUCACGCCGCCUGCGCAUCCAUCGCCAUACCGUACCGCCGUCCAUCCCUCUCGCUGGCUUGGCGGCGCGACAUCUACCGGCACCAAGAUCAGGCAAUGAUGACCACAAUGCCCCCCAAGAACAAGACCUCUCCCGGUUUGCGCGGGCUCUGAGGAGGGAGCUCGUCCGAUACCAAAAUAGAGUGGGCGUCAUUGGGGAUUUGAGGAAUUCAGCUGGGCUGGAGAGCAAAAAGGGGAAGCGGAAGGAGGUCGAGUUUCCCAUUGUGGAUAUCAGCGCUGCUGAUGCGGAGAUCAAGCAGAUCCGGAUCCAGUGGGCCGAUGAAAAGACGGGCCGGCUGGUCAUGGAUGACGACGGACACAUACUGAAGAUGGUGGUGCAGGGCGAGAAUGGUCGAGACCGAGAGACUGUCAGGGAUCUUCUUGGUGGAAGCGUCCGCAUCGAGGAGUUGACGAAGCGGAUGAGUGGUGAUUGA